AUGUCGUCGGAGCCGGCGUUCACCACUUCCGCCAUCGUCGCUAACACCGCGUCCGCCUCGCACAUGCUCAAGAUCGACGGCUACUCGCGCACCAAGGGCCUCGCCACCGGCGUCCACCUCAAGUCCUGCUCUUUCAUCGUCGGCGGCCACUCCUGGCACCUCGCCUACCUCCCCAACGGGGACUGCGCCGAACGCUCCGAGUACAUCUCCAUGUACCUCGUCCUCAACGGCGUCGCCCCCGGCACCGAAGGCGGCCCCGUGCUCGCGCAGUUCUCGAUCAGCCUGCUCGACCGCGCGGGCAAGCCGGCGCCGACCUACACCAGGACGGGCACGACGGCCCCGUACGUCGGCCCCGGCGCGCACUGGGGGUUCCCCGGCUUCAUCCGGAGGGAAGCGCUCGAGAAGUCGAGGCACCUCAACGUCAAGGACGACUCCUUCAGCGUCCGCUGCGACCUCACCGUCGUCACCGCGUUCCGCGCGGAGGACGCCGCGUCCAUCGCCGCCGAAGCUGCUUCCGCUCAGCCGUCCGUCCCGGUGCCGCCGCCGGACAUGUGGCGCCACUUGGAACAGCUCCUGCUCAGCGAGCUGGGCGCCGACGUCCGCUUCCGGGUCGACGGGGAGGACUUCGCCGCGCACCGGUGCAUGCUCGCAGCGCGCUCGCCGGUGUUCCAGGCCGAGCUGUUCGGUACGAUGAAGGAGGCCUCUUCCGAGGCACGGUGCGUGGUGGAGAUCCAUGACAUGAGGGCUGAUGUCUUCAAGAAUCUGCUCUACUUCAUCUACACCGACGCACUGCCCCUGCCAGAGCCUGAAGAGCCAAGACCCGACCCCGAAGAAGAAGCGCUGAUGGCUCAGCACCUGCUCGUGGCUGCAGACAGGUAUGGCAUGGAGAGGCUCAAGUUCAUCUGUGAGGACGCUCUGUGCAGGCACAUCGACGUGGGCACGGUGGCGUCCACAAUGGCGCUCGCUGAGCAGCACCACUGCCUGGGGCUGAAGGAGGCUUGCUUUCAGUUCCUCAAGUCUCCUGGGGCACUGAACACUGUCAUGGCAACUGAUGACUUCGACCAUCUCGCCACCAGCUGCCCUUCCCUCAUAAAGGAGUUGAUUUCUAAACUUGCCGCCCGUUGA